UGGACGCUUUCUCCAUGCGGUAGAACACGGAACGCACAACAGGAAGGUAACUACGCACUUUCUUGACCGGAGAUUCAAUGCCAGCAGUGUUGGAUGUCGCACAUGGUGCAAUUCUCUAAGCAACCAUGGAAUCCGGACUCAGUGAGAAAGGCGGAGAGUGCGGGAUGACUGCGGUCACGCUGCGAAGCCCCCUGGGAAGGAUCCGAGUGGCGGGAUGCGAACUCGGCGUGCACGGCAUCCAGAUCCUGACGGAAGGCCCGCCCGCCAAAAGAGCUAGUGAUGCCCCAUUGGCCCGUGUGAUGUGCGAGAGCCUCGAGGAGGUGACCACCCCUGUGCGCGAGGCUGCUGAUUGGCUGAUGGCUUACUUCGACGACCCACGGACUGUGGACAAACUGCCCCUCCCAGUUUUCCACCAUCCUCUCCUCCAGAAAGAAACAUUCACCAGUCGAGUCCUCCAGACCCUUGCCAGAGAGGUUAAAGUGGGAGAGACCGUAUCUUACAAACGCCUUGCUGAGAUGACUGGCAACAUUAACGCAGUGCAAGCAGUGGGCGGAGCCAUGAAGAGAAACCCGGUCCCUCUUCUGAUUCCGUGCCACCGGGUGAUCACCAGCAGUGGGCAGAGCGGCAGCUACAUGGGCGGCAAGGGAAACCAUCUGAAAGAGUGGCUGCUCUCACACGAGAGACAGUAAGGAGCCAGACACACACACAUACACACACACACACACACAUGAAUACACACACACACACACACA